AUGGUCAGCGCCCUCCCGCUCCACUCCCCUCUGCUCCCCUCCACUCCCCUCCCCUCCCCUCUGCUCCCCUCCGCUCCCCUUCGCUCCCUUCCGCUCCCCUUCGCUCCCCUCCGCUCCCCUCCGCUCCCCUCCGCUCCCCUCCGCUUCCCCCCGCUCCUCUCCGCUCCCCUCCGCUCCCCUCCGCUCCCCUCCGCUCCCCUACGCUUCCAUACGCUACGCUCCGCUCCCCUCCGCUCCCCUACGCUCUCGUCUCCGCUCCCCUCCGCUCCCCUUUGCUCCCCUACGCUCUCCUCUCCGUUCCCCUUCGCUUCCCUCCGCUCCCCUCCCCUUCCCUCCGCUCCUCUCCGCUCCCCUCCGCUCCCCUCCGCUCCUCUCCGCUCCCCUCCGCUCCGCUACGCUCUCGUCUCCGCUCCCCUUCGCUCCCCUACGCUCUCGUCUCCGCUCCCCUCCGCUCCCCUCCGCUCCCCUCCCCUCCGCUCCCCUCCCCUCCCCUCCGCUCCCCUCCGCUCCGCUACGCUCUCGUCUCCGCUCCGCUCCGCUCCCCUCCGCUCCCCUCCCCUCCCCUCGGCUCCCUUCCCCUCCCCUCUGCUCCCCUCCCCUCUGCUCCCCUCCCCUCAGAUCAUGCCUUCUCACGUCACGCCUUCUCACGUCAUGCCUUCUCACGUCACGCCUUCUCACGUCACGCCUUCUCACGUCAUGCCUUCUCACAUCAUGCCUUCUCACAUCAUGUUGUGUCUGUCAUCGAUAUUGUUCAUCUCCCUCUUCCCCCCACUCCACCGCACUCCCACGCCAUCGCUCACUCUCCUCUUCCCUGUAUCCUCGCUCACUCUCUCCGCCCCUCCCCUUGAGUGCCUGCCAGAUAGUGCUGCGCGGGCAGCUGGCCCGCACUCGACCCGCCAGGGCAUGCCUCGGGCCGCUGUGGGGAGGAGUGCGUUGAGCUAUAUCAUAGCGCUGCGCAUGCUGCUGGGGCUGAACACGGGCAGUGUGGUGACGGUGGGGAGGGAGGGGCAGGUGAACCUGUACAAGCUCGCUGGAGCAGAGGGAAUUGGCACACUUAUAUGCUGCUGA